AUUGGCAACGCAUGCGCAGCGAGAGGAUGCCAUAUUGGAAAGAGGCUUGAAAAAAGAUCUCCUAAAACUGGUCAUGUAACGACGGGGAUAACAUUUUUACACUAAGGGAAAUAAACUUGAUACCGAAACAGUUUGAGUGGCAAGAACUAAAGAGAUGGUUGAAUGCUUCACAUAGGCAUCAUUGUCCUUGGAACGAGAAAACAAAGUCCUUGAUUUCAAGUAUGCAAGAGCCAACAAAGUUGUUUUCAGAGAAGACACAAAGUCCAGGCAAUUUAAAUGGAGAACAGUAUGAUUCAGAUGGAGGCUCAGGUGCUGAGGAACCUGACUUCAACUGGGAUGAAUAUCUCGAAGAAACGGGCGCGAGUCCUGCUCCACAUAAUUCAUUCAAACAUGUUGAGAUCAGUCUCCAGAGUAGUUUCCAGCCAGGGAUGAAGUUGGAAGUUGCAAAUAAAAGUAAUCCUGACACUUACUGGGUUGCCACAAUCAUCACGACAUGUGGUCAGCUUUUACUCCUGCGAUAUAGUGGUUAUGGAGAUGAUCGCAGGGCAGAUUUCUGGUGUGAUGUCAUGACUGCUGAUUUACACCCCGUUGGAUGGUGUUCGCAAAAUGAGAAGGAACUGAAACCCCCUGAAGCAAUUUGUGAGAAAUAUGGAGACUGGACAGAAUUUCUCAUUCAGGAUUUGACUGGCGCAAGGACAGCUCCUGCAAAUCUCCUGGAAGGGCCGCUAAGAGGGAAGAACACUGUGGACCUUAUUACGCCUAAAUCUCUAAUUGAACUUCAGGAUUCUAAAAACCCUUCUCAAUUCUGGAUAGUCCGUGUAAUGGAGAACGUUGGUGGGAGAUUGUGCUUGCGCUAUGAAGGAUUGAAUGAUGUUGAGGAUCACGACCAGUGGUUGUUUUAUCUGGACUGUAGACUCCGACCGGUGGGAUGGUGCCAGGAAAAUGGCUGCAAGCUCGACCCUCCUACAGAAAUCCAGGCUCUCAAAAGUGACCCUGAGUGGAAAGAUGCCCUCGAAAAGGCCCUGUCUGAAGCCGAAAAGUUUUCAUUACCACUGGAAGUGUUUAAGGACCAGCCUGAUAUAAGAACUCACUGCUUCACAGUUGGCAUGAAGUUGGAGGCAGUAAAUCCAAGGGAACCCUUUUCUAUUUGUCCUGCCACAGUGACUAAGGUUUUUAAUGAUCAGUACUUUGUGAUCACAAUUGAUGACUUGAGGCCAGAUGCUAGUGAAAACUCAAUGCUGUGCCAUGCUGAUUCACCAGGAAUCCUACCUGUUCAGUGGUGCCUUAAAAAUGGGGUCCAUCUUACUCCUCCCAAAGGUUAUCCUGGUCUAGAUUUUGACUGGGCUGAUUAUCUUAAACAAUGUGGGGCAGAGGCAUUGUCUCAGUACUGCUUCAGAAAUACUUCACUCAGUCGAGGCUUCACCAAAAAUAUGAAGUUGGAGGCAGUUACCCUGUGUAACCGUGCAGAAAUAUGUGUUGCUUCGAUCACAAAAGUAAAAGGGCGCUUAAUGUGGCUGCACCUUGAAGACUCAAAGAAAUCUAUCCCUGAAUACAUUGUUGAUGUAGAAUCAAUGGAUAUUUUUCCAGUUGGUUGGUGUGAAGCAAAUGGAUAUCCUCUAACCCCACCAUGUCGUGCAGUCUGUCAGAAACAGAAGAAAAUUGCUGUAGUACAACCAGAAAAACAGCUCCAUUCCACACCAGUUGAGACAAUCCCUCAUGACUCCUGUGCCAUUACAACAGAACCAGGUACUACCAAUGGCAAAUAUUGCUGUUCCAAAAUAUAUUUCAAUCAUCGUUGUUUCUCAGGUCCAUAUCUAAACAAAGGGCGAAUAGCAGAACUUCCUCAGUCUGUUGGACCUGGGAAAUGUGUGCUCGUUCUAAAAGAGGUUCUCACUCUAUUGAUUAAUGCAGCAUACAAACCAGGGCGUGUGCUACGGGAGUUACAGCUCGAGGAUGACCCAGAAUGGAACUGUCAGGAAGAGACAUUAAAAGCCAAGUACAAAGGAAAAACAUACCGAGCAAUUAUGAAAAUCGUGAGGACGGCAGAUCGAGUUGCUGAUUUCUGCAGAAGGACAUGCAUGAAGUUAGAAUGCUGCCCAAAUUUGUUUGGACCACUCAUGGUUACUGACAAAUGUCCUGAAAAUUGCUCUGUUCACACCAAAACAAAAUAUACUUAUUACUAUGGAAAAAAGAAGAAAAUCGUCAGACCUCCUGUAGGACACAGCAGCAUGGAAAGCAACAGUAAAAAGCCCACAAGGAGGAGGAAGAAGCGCAGGUCCUGCUUUGUACAAAAGAAGAAGCGUUCAUCUACUUCAGUAGAUUAUGCUCCACAGGAAAAUGGAGAGGAUAAAGAAGAUAGCCAUGAUGUGAUAGAUGAUGAAACCGGGAGUGAUGGAACAAGCUCAGAGCCACGUGACGAUCAAACUGACACAUCCUCUGAAAUGCCUGAUGUCAAACCAAAACGAUUAGGAAGGUUGAGAUCGGCUUCAGAACAACCUCGGCCUUACAUAGUAGACAGUGCAAGGCGAAAGAGAAGGGCACGAACAUUAUCGCUGUCUGAGGAUGACAAAUAUGAUUCUCUCAAAUGCUCAGCACCAAAGGAAAUUAGGCAGAAUGAAGAGGCUAAACUCGUUCUGGAGAGUAAUCCCUUGGAAUGGUCAGUGACUGAAGUUGUCAGAUUUAUAAAGUCCACGGACUGUGCACCUCUGGCAAAAAUAUUUCAGGAGCAGGACAUUGACGGUCAGGCAUUACUACUCCUGACACUGCCAACAGUCCAGGAAUGUAUGGAGCUUAAACUUGGGCCUGCUAUCAAAUUAUGUCAUCACAUUGAACGAGUGAAGAUUGCUUUCUAUGCACAGUAUGCUAACUGACUCAAUUUGUCAUCAUUCCUUCUACUUUGUCCAGAUUUGCUCUAAAAUGAAUGCUGGACCAAUGUGUUCUGAUUGAACACAGCAGACAGAUAAUCAUCUGAUAUACUACCAGCCGAGGAUAUGCUGUGAAGCAGAUCUCGUGAGCAUUUUUUUUAAUGUGCUGCUCGACUAAAUAAUUUGAUCAAAAUGAAGUAAUGUUACGUAACUGUAAAAGGACAACUCUUAUGCGAAGAUGGAUACUACAAGAUAUUUAAAUCGGAUCGAUCGUCAACGGGCACAUAAUGACGACUCAGUCAAAUGUGAAUUACUUCCGAGAUUUGCAUGGAAGUGGGAAGAUAUCCCUAAACUUGGAUUUCAAUAAUGACAGCAGCCACGCUGUUGAGGAUUCGUAACUUGACAGGCCGAGCCUCGUUGACUUACUGAGGCUUCAAGCUUCAAAUCCCUGUUAUUUUAGAAUGGUAGGAAGUGGAAUCAACAGAGAAAGAACAAACCUGAUCUGGAAGCACUGGGCACGCUUCUGAUAACAGUCCAUCAAUCUGCUCUGCUUGCCAAUUGAACAAUAUUUCUGUACAAUGCUUCAGGCCAUUUUGAUUUGCUGCUGAUAUGCAUUUUGACAGCUGGUUCUGAGUGUAAUCAAACUGAGUUACAAGGAAAUCCUUUAACUCCCAUGGCACUAGUUUAGAACUGAGACCAGACAGCAGUUUUGCUGCAUUUUUUUUUAAGAUUUCUUUUAUAAACCUAUGGUCAGUAGCAGCCAAAAAAAUUAAUCCAGUGUAAGAUCACGAACAUUGAAUGAGAACACAGCUAUCUGUAAUUAACUAGAGCAGGUAAUUGUAACCCAGAGUUGUGUGUGAAAUAUCUCUGCAGUAAUACUUAUUACAAUCAUUGUCUGGAGUUUGCUGACAUUGGUACAAUCGAAGUUAUACAUUUUCGUUUUUACUUUAUGAUUUUACAAAAGAAAAUUGUAAUUACCAUGAUAAAUUCUAAGUGUUCAAACUCAAGUAUUGAUGAUUUAAAGGAGAUACUUUUGUAGUCCGUCAGCAUGGAAAUGUUUACAAAUGACAUGCCACAAUUUUAUAUGUAUUUGGAGACCAAUUUAACAAGAUGCUUUGACCUUCAGUGCUCAGAAGACAAGGUUGGUCAUGUUGUAGAGAUUAAGAUGAAUUGCCUCAAAUGGAUGAAUAUUAGCAACAUGUACUUGGAGUAAGAAACAGCAAGUGUUAGGUAUAGCAGUAAUUUUAUAAUUUUUCUCUUUGAGAGAUCCCUUGUUAAUGUAUUUUUCGUGGGAACUCAAAGCAGCCUAUUGAAGUAUUGCUCUAUGCCUGCAGUGAGUAGUUUCUUAUUAUCAUAUAUCAUGCAUUUUAGUCAGCGAAACAAUAAAGCAGAGAAAUCAAAUGCCAAACAUAUUAUUUCAAAAUCCUUUUACAAAGUAGAACCAGAGUUUGAAACACAGGUUAUACAAAAAUCCCUUUGAAUGUCUAGAUUUUAAUAAUCUCAGGCAGAUAAAAGUAAAAUAAACAUUUGCAUUUAUCUAGUUCCUUAUAACAUUGUCAUAUUUUAUCAGUGCUUCACACAAUGCUUAGCUGUUUGGAGCACAGUGACUUUGUAAAUGAUUGGAACAUUUUUACUGUGUAGAUUAAUUCAUAAUUUAGUAUUAGAAUUAAAUUGUAAUAUAUUUUAUGUAUCAAAUGUUCAGAGAUUAAAUGUAUUCUUCAAAUAAGACACCCAUGUUAAUCACUUAGUUUCCAUGGUUUUUCAUGCAAAAAAGUUUAUUUUUAAAAAAAAUAAUUCUGUAAUGACAGUGAUUGUGUAUACCACACCUUUGUAAUUCCACAGGGACUGGAGAAUAGUCAAGGCUUCAGAUUUCUGCACCACAGGACAUUUAAUGUUGAGCAUAACUGUGGUGUUUUUUGUCACUUGGCAAUCCUUGUAACAGACACAGAUUGUGAAGGGCUCAUGUCUGUUUCUUAACUCUUUCUGUUCCCCUAAACAUUAAAUAGCAGUCAAACUUGUUAGGUAUUUCAGAUAAUCUGCUUAUCCAACCAUUGGUGUGUACCAUUCAAUUUGUGCACACAAGAUAUUUGUAUGCAUUCAGCGAAUGCGUUUGGUGUUUCUGCCUAGAAUCAAUAUGGUACACUUACUGGUUAAUUUUAAAGCCAGCAACUAACAAGUUUGAUCCAAAGGUAUUAAAUGACAUAAUGUAGACAGGUGGCCUUGUGUUUCAGUAAGCCACAAGUACUUACCAUAAAUUGCAGCUUUUCUUGUCCGUGGGCAAAAGCAAAUCUAUCGGUAAAAAGUCCUGUAACUUAAGAUAAUUGGGAACAAAAUAAACAUGAAAUCAAAGCCCUAAAUAUUCCAUUCUUUAUCAUGCUACUGGAUUGUUAUUUCUGAAGUAAGACCAUGUUGCACAUGCAUGCUCUGUAUGAGUUCUUCAGGAGUGCAAGUUUGAUAUUUAAUUCUUAGCUCUAAAGUCCAUAAAUGGAAGUGUGGGGUCAAAAAGAAAUGAACAACUCACUCAUUUGUCAUUGCCAUUAUUCAUAAUCUUCCGUGCAGUGUUGUAUGAGUGACAAAUAUGCUUCUCAAACACAAAUCAUGGUGGUAUAAAAAUACAGUGCAAUGAUUUAAACUGAAGUAAUUUCAAUAUGUGCAAUCCUGUCCCACAUAAUAAAAAUACAUAUGUUGCAUAAAGUUGUUAAUUCAUUUUUUAGUUGUCACUUUUGAAGCCUCUAAGUCAAUAUCCUGCACUAAAUAAACACCUCUGUAUACCAUACGGACAAGGAAGUGGUCUUGUGUGGAGGUGAUGUAUACAUUGCUGAAUUGUCUAAACAUACAAAAAAGGACAUUUAUGAAAUUUUAAAAAAUAUAUAAAGAUUACAAGCGCGUUUUUAAGGUUAGCAUUAUCGGAAAAAAAAAUUAGAAGAGAAAAGGUGACGGAAUAAUCUUUGUUAAAAUAUUCAGCCAUGAAUUUUAGUCUUGAAACCAACUUUAAUAAUCUCCAUACCGACCAAAAAGCAUAUUUAAUGCUUUGGAAAUCUGAUAUUAAAAUUUACAUUUUUUUGGAAGAAUUGGAUCAAAAAUAUGUCAGCUAGACAGUUUUUGUUUGUCAGGUACAGAGCUGUGAAGAACAGGGGAAAUAGUAUAUUUUAAAGGAAUUGGAAUCUGGGGCACAGUACAUCAGAGCAAUAUGGAAAUGUGUUGCACUGUAUAAUGUACCAUUUUGCUCUUAAACCAGGAAUCCAUUAAAUAUAUCAAGAACAUAUACUAUCUUGUAGCUGAGGGCACUUUGUUAACUAAUGCUGGAAUUGUAUCUAUGGGAGUUGGUGAGUAGCUGCAGGAAGUGCCUCAGAAAGCUGUUUGUCUAUGUUAUGUUGACAUCGGUAGGAAUGUUCUGUGUUUUGUUGCAUUAAUACAAAUCUUGAAAAAUGGAUCUUUUUACAUAAGUAUGAUUUGAUUUGUACUAAAAUAAUUGGCAGCAUUGCUUGUAUUAAUUGGAGCAAGAUUAAUUAAAAAUAAACCAAUUUCAUUCAUUAUUAUAGUACUCUGUAAUACUAAACUUUCUUCUGAUUUUAUUCAGUUCAGCAACAUUCUGAAACAAAAUCAGAUCAGACAAACACCCUGAAUAAUUAUAUUAGCUAACAUCAGAGAUAAAGUAACAAGGUUUAAAGUGGACACCGUUAUGCAAACAAAUAUGCAGGAGAAAGAAAUCAAUUGUAAACAUUUGGAGAUCUGGUAGAAUUCUACUUCAGCAAACACAUGAAAUGUACAAUGAAACCUCAAUAUCUGUUGGCUGAAAUAACAAGAAUAAUUGGGCAGGUUGUAAAAUGGACAAUUUGUGUCCAACCAAAGUUGAAUUUCAACCCCUUGGUAUGAUUAAGGGUUUUGAUGUACAAGUUACUGCAGAGCAGUUAUUGUUUUUAUUUUGUUAAGCUUCUGUAUAAACUUAGUUUGUAUAUGUGGUCAGAAAAUUGCACAUCCCAUUUUAAUGUGUAUAUGAUGAACUAUGGUUAAAAUUUUUAAACGUAAAGCAGAUAUCAAAGUGUUUUUUAUUCCAGAGCAGUGGAAAAUGUACAGAUGACAAAUGGAACUGUGCAUUGUAAUAGUUUCUUGCAUGUUGUUCUUAAUGGAGCUAUAUUAAAUGCUGUUGCUGCUUUAUUUCUGAAGGAAAAUCCCUUGCUUUGUUUGCCUAUCCACUCUGUCCAUAUUUUGUGUAUAUUUUGAAGGUUUAAAUCUGUAAUAUUUCCAUGUCACCGCCUUUGUCAGGUAAAGUGCUCAUGAUUUCUGAAGCUCGGUUUAUCUUAUGAGAAUUCAGUAGUUGCUGGAAUCUAAUACAUGUACAAGCCAGUGAAGAGAAGCUAUUUUGGUGAGAGUACAUUUAGUCAGAAAAAAUAUCAGUAAAAAUAUUUCAAGAAGCUUGUCAAAGGACCGUCAUAUGUCUUGGAAAACAAAAUAUGUAAGUUUAAGUGCAGACUGAAUGGAUGCUACGUUUUAAAUAAAACACCAAAGAGUUAAUGCAGUUGCUCACUGGGCCGACUUUCAAUUCCUCGAUUUAAUAAAAGACUUGUUUGCAUUUUUCUAAUUUGUUCAGCUGAUUGGAAUUUUAAGAUUAUUUAUUAAUAACAAUUAAUAGUUGCUCUGACCGCAUUAUAGCUAAGCAGGCAUGGAGGCAAGUGCACAGAAAAUUCUGACCAUGCUUAAGUAAGCACAAACGCUGGUUAUUGAUUGCAAAAUAAAAUACCAGUGAAUUAAAGAAAAAGCAUAUUUUUCCCCAUUAAAAUAAAUGGCAAGGCAUAACUGAACACCAUUCAGUACGCCACCUUCAGCACUCAUUCUGGUAAAGUGAAGGUUUCCUAAACCAACAUUGGUCUUUGGUUACAUCAUCCCUGUUAGAUGUGAUUUUUGUUGCAAUGUUAACGAUAUCCAAGGCAAAUGAGGGAUAUAAAAUAGAACAUAACAGCACUUGCUUCAGGAAAUGGUUUAUUUACAUAGACAAAGUCCACAGCUAAAUCGCCCCGCCUUAUUUUAAACUUUGAUCAAAUAAUGAAUUCAGUCCUUGCGUUUCUGCACUCAAGUUUUAAGUGCAAGUCGCAGGAUCUUCAAAUUAACAAUCAGUUUAGGAUCUCCAGGUAUGUACAGAGCAUCUUUUUGCUUGCUUUCAAUGGACACGUGCAGUUCAAUAGAUUAUUGUUCUCAGCCUUCUGAAUUUGUUCUCAGGCGGAAAACGAUACAUGUUUGUACUUCUACAAACCUCAGAUAUUCAAUAGAAUGCCCCAUUAAUCAGGCGUUACUAUAGGUAAUAUAGAUCCUUCUAUGGUGAAAAAAUGGUUUCAGUUUGAACAAACUGAACAAAAUGUCAUUCUGAGAUUGUGACUGAAAGUGAUACUGUGGAACAGUGAGAAGGGGAGGUUGAUUUUAGAAAGCUCGUUAUUUAUAAACCAACCAAGUGUUGUAAUUUGCAAAAUAUUUUUAAAUAAAAGCAAAAUUUUAUUGGGACAUAAUAGUGAAAACCUCAGCAUUUUAAAAUGUUCUUGUGGCAUGCAAAUACCCUUGUAUUCCUAAUUGUGAGACAGAAACCUACAUUUUCUGACCAGCAUUAUCCUACUGUUAACGUCAAAAUAAGUCAAAAAUGCAAACUAGGCUAAUGUGCAUUGGAUUUCAAUGCAAUACUUGUUCCUUGGGUGUUGUUCAGAGCAGAUAUUCAGCGUGUCCUGAGUAAAUUGAUUUAGCUUGAACUAAUUUGAACUGCUGUGUCUUUUUAUUUUGUUCCUGAUUAUGUACUCAUUUGUCUGCAAGAAGAGUUUAUUGGCUCAACUAGUUUGAGGAGUGCAUUCUGUAUAUACAUUUUCCAUGUAAAUAAAUGAAACCUUUAUUAAGAGUUAUAUUUUGUUUUUUCAAUCACCCUUUAUACAUAAAUCACCCUUUAUACAUAAGA